AUGCGAGUCACCCAUGAAAUCCAGACAUUUUCACCCCCAGCGGAUGCACAGGAGCCUCUCAGUGCCAAACCGCCCCUCAGCAGGGCAGGGCCAGUCCUGGUGACCCCACUUCCUCUCUGUCUCCUCUUUACUCCCCACCCCAGCGCGGGCCUGGCCCAGAGGCUACAGGAAGCCAGGACGCCGGGGAUUGUCUCUCGCAACCGCAGCCCAGCCCCAGUCAGGGAGGAAGUUCUGCCGGGCGCUCUCCGCCGGUGCCUCACUGGUUAUACUGCUAUACAGGAAACCUGGCAGCGCCGGAGCCGCGCGGUCGAGGAGGGAGCGCGGGACGCCGAGCCCACGCGCGCCUGCCGGGACAAGUGGAGACGAGGCCGGCGAGCGGACGCCCCGAGGUUGGCGAAGGAGCUGUGGCCGGGUCCCCUUCUUAUCCAGCCCGAGACACUGCGCUCCGGUGGGCGUCCCUGCGCUGGGAAUCCCGCUCGGAGUUUUUCCAGGCCCGGCCGGGUUGCUCCGGGAAAGGCCCUGUUGGGGGAGGUGGGCCCGGAGCUGUCAGGUCUACAAUCCGGUUGGAAGGGCUCGCAGUGGGUGAUUCAGGGUGCCAAUGACCUCCCCACGAACGGGAACGCCCGCACUAGACAACCAGCCCCAGACCGGCAUUCCCAGAGCCGCAGGCGGGAGGGACGCAGGGACUCCGGGACAGCAAAUCCCCGGGGGAGAAGGGAAGGGGGAAGGCGGGGCAGGGGAGGCCCACCCUCCUUGGGCUCCGCUAGCGACCAGCCAGCGCCCCUUCAGACGCAGCCUUCCUGGCUCCGGAUCCCGGCUUUCUGCUCCGGUCCUCGUCCCAAUGCCCCCCAAGGUCCCCAGCAGAGGCAUUCAGGUUCCUCCUCGCCCCGCCCAGACGCAGCUUCUUUGGGUAUGGGUGACAGCACUCCUGAGCGUCGCUGUCCCUAUUCGCUGCCGUUGCCAGCUCCGAUUCCGCGAAACCUCUCCGGCACCACCUCGGAAGCCCCGCCCAGGGCGAUGGUCCGGGCCUAACCUGCCGGCCCCGCCCACCCGGCCCUUGGGCUCCCUGAGGCCCGCCCAGCAGACUCGAGGAACGCUUGACAAAGUGGCGAAGGAGCCCUACGGGAGUCCCGGUUGGACCCUGCUCCUUCGGUCCCUCAGCCUCGGCAAG